AUGGCGCAGUACAAAGGCGCCGCCAGCGAGGCUGGCAGAGCCAUGCAGCUGAUGAAGAAGAGAGAAAAGGAGAGAGAGACGCUGGAGCUGCUCAAGAUAAAGAUUGCAGAGGACAACAUGGUCAAGUCCAACAUCGACAAGAAGUUCUCGGCUCACUACGACGCCGUGGAGGCGGAGCUUAAGUCCAGCACCGUCGGUCUGGUGACGCUGAACGACAUGAAGGCGAAGCAGGAGGCGCUGGUGAAGGAGCGCGAGAAGCAGCUGGCCAAGAAGGAGCAGUCCAAGGAGCUGCAGCUGUGAGUCGCCAUCGACGACCGAACGCUCGCCGUGUCUUCAGCGCGUUGGAAGUGUCGCUGACCCACGGGGGUUGAACCGGGCCGCGUGACGAUGCGUUCAGGGAACUUGGUUGUUGCGUGAACGCGGGGUAACCGGCGGAGGCACGGAGACAUAAACAAAGAGCACGCACACGGCUUUAUAGAGGAGGAGAGAUGUUGUGUAAAUGAUGACGUCAUCAUGUUGUCAUAACAACCUGAGCCCCGAGG